UAGCCGCAACGGCCGUAACGGCUGACACAAUCAAUCACAAGUUAUAAUUUAGCAUCACAUUCAAGUUUCUUAGCAUCGCCUUCAUCUGUAACUCAUUUAGUACCUACUCUCAUCUCUUUCUCUAUCUCUUCAUCAGUCUUCUAUAAACCUCACUGCAAUAGAUAUAUACUCUCAAUCACUGAGGAAAAGUCAACUAUGAUCGCAUUCUUAUUCGACAUGGCAGUUGCGUUGUUUCAGAGUCUCAAUGCCAACUGGCUACUACGGUUGUUAGCUCUGGGAGACACUCGUGAUGCACAUCCACUUUCCCUAACCUCCAUGAAAAUCAUCAAAAUACCCCCGCGUCUCACCUGCUACGAGCUGUUGUCUGGUGGUGCUGUAGGCUGGGUCUACAGGAUCGACCAUCGCAUUGUUUUGAAAUAUCCUGUUCACCCAAACAGCGAUGGGUUUAAGAGGGAAAUGGCAUUCUUCGAUAUCCUUGAGAAACAUGAGCCGUGUCCUCAUAUCAUCCAGUCGUUUCUACGAGUUCCGGACGGCAUAUUUCUGGCCUCUAUGGGCGGUGGCUCCCUCCACCACCGGCUGGAAACCCACCAGAGACGGUCCGCCGAUGGGCGAAGGGUCGAACGUGUAAUCUCAACCGAACCUCAACAUCUAGUCAAACGAUGGUUGAUGGAGCUCUGCAAAGCAGCUGCUUGGUUGGAGUCUCUUGGAUACGUGCAUGGCGACAUCCGUCCUCCAAAUUUGCUACUCGACAACCAGGACCACCUGAAGAUGGCAGACUUUGACUGUGUACAACUCAUUGGAACCUUGUUAGAAGGUGGUGCUGCUGCCCCCUGGGCACGUGUUCUAGGUGCUGAAUAUGGGAGCGAAGAGGGCUCUUUCGGAGCCUGCGGCCCUCGAACGGAACAGUUUGCCGUCGGAUCUAUUCUUUACUGCCUAACCCGAGGACAUGAACCUUAUGAAAUGGACGACUUCGACGAUGACGCAGAGAAGGUUACUCUCUUCAAACAUAUGAUCUUUCCCCCAUUAACUGGCAGUCACUUUGAUACAAUCAUUGAGAGGAGCUGGAAAGGAGAGUUCCCUCUUCUUAAGGAUCUGUCCGAAGAGGCAAAUUCCCUGUGCUUUGAAAAUGAUCAGCCACGGCCACUUGCUUUGACUUUCGAAUAUUGUUCAGAUAUUCGGAGGGAAUGCCAAUCCUUGGUGGACAGUGGGCUACUUGUCUUUACUUGAAUUAUUUGCAAGAGAUGGGAUAUUUACUCUUGUAUUUCAAUCCAUUUUAGCUUUGAACAUUCACGGUCAAUUGUCUUCAAAGACAAUGUAAUUACAUUAAGCAUAAGACUUAUAUAGCUACCAUGUUCCUAGAACUGGUAACAAUAUCAAUGAAGAGGAGUGACAGACAACUGGACAACUCAUAGGAAAACCACAACCAAGGCGUGCCUAAAACAAAGAAAGGAUAGUCAUGACAUAUAGUCAUUUCUAAGUGUCGCAAUCAGACAUCCAAUGCUUUUGUCCAUCCUCCCAAAUGGUUUCGAACCCAGGCACCGCUUGCUUUGCAAUCGUCGCAAGGAUAGUGCAUUGUACUUGAGGGCAACGAAAUAAUACCGGCGAUCGUAAUGGUUCCACACCCCCCACAGCCGUUGACCGGCAUCAACGCUGGCUGCUGUUCGAGUGAAUGAUUGCAGGAGAAUUUCUUGGGCGACAAGGUUUGCCGGCACAUUUUCGCUGGUAGGUUCCAACCGCUGUUUGGUUGCCAUUAUUAUUCUAACAGACCCACGGCAAUUGAGUAGUGUCAAGCAGGGAGCAAUGUAACUUUCAGCUCUGGGUGAGGUUGCAUGUAGUAUCAGAUAUCGAUUUAAGCUUGCUCAGGUAGGUUUUUCUUCCUAGCGACAGAGUACUAGAUAGUAGAUUUCACUCAAUAUGGUCAAAUCCAAGGACUUCAGCGGUGGGAAUACUCUUUAUAUCAGUUACUGCGGGGUCAGCCAGCACACUGCACUGACCCCUCUCUUCGCCCAGGCGGAGCAUGGGAUGCGUGGCUUGAACAACGGCAAUAGCUUUCUAUGCAAGUCAUUAUCCCAUCCUAGACACUUUCAACAUUCUUUUGACUAGUGCGAUCAUAGAAGCCAAUCUAUGGCUCCGAUAGCAUGCACCAGCUUGGGGUAUGUUCACUGCCAGCUUUGGUCAGUUCUCCGCAACAAGACCCAAGAACUUGCCCAAGCAAUGUAUGAGAUCCCAUGUUAGACAAGCUCUUCUGCACAUUGAUAUGGCUGGGAAGGGCCUAGUAUGUCGCUAGGAAUAAUGGCAUCCCCCAGGUGUGGCACAAUGUGUACCUCCUUCAUACAACGGAUUUUUAAAAGUUGGCCACCCAGCGCGCGCUUACUCUCAACGCCCGCCAGUUCGACAUCACUAUGAUGAAAUAUUUUCAACAAUAUCUCAACAACACAAUUAUUAUUAUUAUUAUUAUUAAUAUUUCAUAUACUCAUAUGCAAGCGGAGCUCAUGAUGAGUCCUUGCGUGAUGUUAAAUUGUCGAAAUGAUGAAUAUGUCAGAAACAUAUGAAUCUUAUGUGUAUCAAGAUCUACUUCUUAUAGUAUCCGUACACUAUCUAUUUAUCUAAUUCCAUACAAAAGAUAGAGCAGUAGAAGAAUCAGAGAUGUAUACAGUGUUAUUAUAACAGCAGCUUACAGCUCUUAAAUCUCUUACAGAUCUCAAGUUUUAAAAUUUUCUUUGUUUUUAAUGUUUUUCAAGUGAUGUGGCAUUGAAAAUAGAUAAAAUAUGUGAUAUAUAA